CAAAUCCGCCAUUAACGCCAAGAAAAAGGCCGACGUCGACGUUGCUGUGGCAACGCUUUUUGUCUUUUGUGUCCGUUGGCGAUCUCUUCAGUUCAAUGGCAAAAAUGAGUUCAGACACGAUUUGGGAGCUGGCAGCGGCGGAGGUCCGGAGUCAGGAGAGCGGAGCUGGAGAGGGGGACGGAGGAGAGACGGUCUGUGAAAGGAGUGUGUUUCUGAUGGGGAGCAAGACUGGGGGUAAAACGUCAAUUCUUCUCAGAUGUCUGGAGAGAGAUGAGCCACCAAAGCCAACUCUAGCACUGGAGUAUACGUUUGGCAGGCGGGCCAAGGGACACAACACACCCAAAGAUAUAGCCCACCUGUGGGAACUGGGAGGGGGAACCUCUCUCUCAGACCUCGUCCAGAUCCCCAUCACUCCUAACAGUAUAAGGUCUCUUUCUGUUGUGCUCGUUCUGGACCUGUCCAAACCCAACGCUCUGUGGGGAACCAUGGAGAAACUUCUGACUGCAGCUCAAGCUCAUGUGGAAAAAGUCUUUUCUGAGGCACAAAAGUCCAAACCUGGAGACAAAUGGCAGAAGGCUGCUCACCCAGCAGCUCGGGUCUUACCAAAAGAUUACCCAGACAGGGAGCUGAUCAGUCCUUUUCCCGUUCCACUGCUCAUCAUCGGCAGCAAAUAUGACCUCUUUCAGGACUUUGACUCUGACAAGAAGAAAGUUAUUAGAAAAACCCUCCGUUUCCUUGCCCACUAUUACGCAGCCUCUCUGAUUUUCACUAGCAUUAAAUCAGAGGGCCUCAUGUCUAAAACCAAGAGCUUCUUCUCACAUCUGGCGUUUGGUCUGGACAGAGGGAAAACUGUGUCCUGUGACUCAGGUAAACCUCUCAUCAUCCCAACUGGCUCUGACUCUUUCAGCCAAAUAGGGGCGCCUCCUUCAACUGACAUCGACAUUACGUCUCUACACGCAAAAAACCCAAAGGAUCUGUGGAAGAAAGUGUACGAGCGAGUCUUUCCCAGUGAGAGCCAUAGUGAGCAGAGAGAGCUGAAGGAUCCAGCCAAAGACCCACAGUACAGUGAGCCUCAAAUUGAUGCAAUGAGAGCUCAGAAGGAUCAGGAGUUGGAGCAGUACAAAAGAAAUGCAGCAAAGUCAUGGAAAGAACUGCAGCUGGAGACAUAAGAUAUACAUUUGUUACACACAUACAACACUUUAUUGUGUACAUAUAAUAAAAAUUUUUGCUGUAUUUAUUUAA